UUCACACGGUAGUUCAGUUUUUCGGUAUCCUGCAUUGCUGUAUCCCGCAAAACUGGAUUGCCGUGGGAACGAGCCCUAAGAGCACAGGCCGGUCGUACGCUUGCACGGUCUGCGGGGAGCGAUACAACGACCAGGCCGCAGUGAGGACGCAUAUGAUAAAGCACAUACAACGUAAGUUCCAAUGCGACGAGUGUCCCGCCACCUUCGGCAGUCCAUACACAGCGCGCCAGCACAAGAAGAGGCGCCAUACGUCGCAGCCUCAAGUCAAGAAGCCUCACAGGCCGCCGCAACCGACGCAGAGCUUCGACUGCCCGACGUGCGGCCGGUCGUGCCCGAGCGCGCGCUCGCUGGCGUCGCACGCCGCGUUGCACGCCGCGCGCGUGCACGCCUGCCCGCGCUGCCCUGCUUCAUACCCCACGCGCAAGUCGUGCAAUAGGCACGCGCGCGCGCACUUGAAUAGCGGGGCUAAUGUAUCGAGGGCCGUGUGUCAUCGAUGCGGCGCUAGUUUUCAGGUGAGUUACCUGAGCUACUAA